GUCAAAUUGUUUUUUUUAAUUAGCGUCUUUAUUAUAUAUAUUUUUUGGAGGAGGAGGGGGGGGUUACGUGUGAUUAUUAUUAGCAUUAUUUUUUUUAAGGAAGAUUCGUCCGCAAGCCGCGGGCUCUAUGUUUACAUCUCGAACCACGCAAAUCUGAUGUAUCGCGAAAGGCGCUCGCACGCACCGCCUCCCCUAGCUAGAGCCGUGGUCGCCGGGAAUCGUCUCCUCGUCCACCACCAGCACCACCACCACCAGCACCACCACCAGCAGCAGCACCACCACAAGCAGCUUCACCAACACCUCUCAGCGUCAUGCCGAGCUCGCUUUUCGCAGACAUGAAACAGCGAGGAGGCGGCAGCAGCAGCAGCGGCGGCAGCAGCGGCGGCAGCAGCAGCGAUGAGCUGGGCGUGGGAGGAGGAGGUGGAGGUGGUGGUGGUGGAGUCGGUCUCGGUCAUCGCCACCUCCACCCCGAAUCGUUCGACGAGCGCCGGGCGUUGCAGAUCGCCCUGGACCAGCUGAGCCUGCUGGGACUCGACGGGGUCCCGGGACCAGGACCUGGGCCGGCUCCAACAGCAGCGGCAGCAGCGGCAGCUGUAGGAGCUGGUGACAGCAGCAGCAGCAGCAACGGCGGCGGUGGUGGUGGUGGUGAAGAUGUAGAGGUGGAGAUGGAAGAUGAUGAGGAUGAUGAGGGUCAUCAUCAGCAGCAGUCGUCUGUGAGCCACGCCGCGCUGCUGCUGUUUGGAGGGGGUGGAGGAGGAGGUCUGGGAGGCGUCGGAGUCCUGGACUCGGGCUCCUGCAAGCGAGGCCACAACACCACAGAGUGCGUGGCGGUGCCCAGCUCGGAGCACGUCGCAGAGAUCGUGGGCAGGCAGGGUUGCAAGAUUAAGGCGCUUCGGGCGAAGACCAACACGUACAUCAAGACUCCCGUGCGAGGCGAGGAGCCGGUGUUCGUCAUCACGGGGCGUCAGGAGGACGUGGCCAUGGCCAAACGAGAAAUUCUCUCGGCCGCCGAACAUUUCUCGGUCAUCCGUGCCUCGCGCAACAAGCCCGGGGCCCUGGGAUUGCCCAGCGGGGGGCCCGUGCCGGGCCCCCCGCCCCCGGUGCCAGGCCAGACCACCAUCCAGGUGCGCGUGCCUUACCGCGUCGUGGGCCUGGUGGUGGGGCCCAAGGGCGCCACGAUCAAGCGCAUCCAGCAGGGUACGCACACGUACAUCGUGACGCCGAGCCGAGACAAGGAGCCCGUGUUCGAGGUGACGGGCAUGCCCGAGAACGUGGACCGCGCGCGCGAGGAGAUCGAGGCGCACAUCGCCCUACGCACGGGCGGCCUCAUCGAGUUCAACGACGAAAACGACUUCCACGUGAACGGCACCGACGUCGGCUUCGACAACGGCGGCAAUGGCGGCGGCUACCAACCCGGCAGCCUGUGGAUCCGCCCGCCGCGCAAGCCGUUCUCCACCAACCGCAACGACAGCUCCAGCUCGCUGGGUAGCGGCGGCGGCUCCACCAGCGACUCGCACCUUGGCGGAGGGAGCGGCGGCAGCGGCGGCAGCGGCGGCGGCGGCGGAAGCAGCAGCAGCAACGGUGGCCGCUACAGUGCCGACUUCAGCCCAACGAGCCCGUUCGGCAGCAGCGGGGCCUUUGGAUUCGGAGACUCGCUCACAUCGCUCAGUUCCGAAGAGCUGCUCAUCGAGUCGUCGUCUGGCACGUUGGAGGCAGGCCCCACGGCCCUCCUCUGGGCCCACUUUGAGCGCACCAACCCGCUCGCGGUGCUGGGCAGCCUUCCCGGCCAUUUGCACGGGCAAGGUGGUGGCGCUGCAGGGCUCGGGGGCCGGCACUCGGUCGCGGCCAUCAUCACCAAUGGGAGCCGCCUGUCUCCCACCUUCGGCACGGAUAACGGUCCACUGCUGGACCACCCGCUGGCGCGGCGCGCGCGCAGCGACCCGCUCACGCAGGGCCUGCCCAAGUACGGGCUGAGCCCGCCCGAGUUGGCCGACAGCUGCGGCAGCGGCAACGAGAGCGACGGCAGCCUGGGCUCCGGCUUUGGCGGCACUGCCUCGGGCUCCCCGGGCGAGAUGGCCGACGUGGGCGAGGGCCGGGCGGCCCGCGACUGCGCGGUGUGCCGGGAGAGCGCGGUGACGGCCGCCCUCGUGCCCUGCGGCCACAAUCUGUUCUGCAUGGAGUGUGCGAGUGGUAUCUGUGAGAAGGGAGAAGAGCCCAGGUGCCCUGUGUGCCUCACCACCGUUACUCAGGCCAUCCGCAUAUUCUCGUAAUCAUAAGCCACUGAUGUAUAGCAGCGCACAGCCACUGUGUCCCUUCAAGUACUCCUAUGUACAUCAAAGAUAAUGCUAUGAAAAUACAGGUCAGGUAUAACCAUACUGUAUACUCUUUAUAUUAUAUAUUCACACAGAUAAAUAUAUUUUUGUUUUUGACUUGAAGAAUGGCAGUAUAUUUCUUAUAAUAAAUGUUUACUAUUUAGUACAUUAAUUUAAUUUAUGAGUUUUAAAUUGGAUUUACUUUUUUUUAUUUAGGGUGGCCUUUUGGCUUCUAUGGCAUGACACUGUUAACUCAUUUUAUUAACAAGCUCUACUGAAUAUCGACACAAUUGCUGUUUAUGCAUCGCGGUUGACAGUAUUGUAUUAAAUAUUACAUAAGAACAUAAUAUACUCAUCUAUAGCAUUUCACUUAGCAUGUUUAUAAUGGUACACUGUAUGUGAUAAAUUCCUCUAUAUUAAUAGAACAAAGAAUAACCAAUGUGUAAGUAUGCUUUUCUAUGCUAUUUCUAUAACAAAGUAGUGAAUGAAAAUCCAUUGCACCAAUAUACUUUUCUUAUUUGCUAUUUUAGUAUGUUUACCACAAGUUUAUGUAUAUGUAGGUAAAGUUAAUGAGUCUAUACUUUAUUAAACAGAAGUGAAAAUAUAUUUUUAUUUUCUGAUACAGGCCUUUAACGGUAUGUGGCCAAAUACUAAUAUUAUAUUUGCAGAUAUGAGAAUUAAUGAGAAUUGUAUUGUUUUAUUUUUCUGCCGUAUUGAUGUUCCGCCUAAUAUCUGGUGGAAGUUCGUUGUUUAUUUCUAGAAUUUUAUUGCACUCAAAAAAAGUUGAAACAAAGUUUAAGCACAUGGCGUAAUGGUCCUUGUAUGAAUAGCCGUAUUGAACUGUGGAAGAUGUUUAUGCCGACAUGGAAAGUUAGUUUGGUGGAUAAUAAAUAAACUUGACCAUUAACAUAUAUGUUUAUUGCUAUUUCUGCUGUUUCAGACCAUCAGUAGAACAUGCCUAAUUUUAUUUUGAUCUCAAUGGCAAGGUAAUUGGAAUUGACAAAGGAAUACAUUGCUGUAUGCCAAUUUUUUGUGACAAUCUUGGAAUGACUUAAGCUAAAUGGAUAUUGAGACAUUUUCAUUUGUACGUGUGUUAAGAAGCUAAUGGUCUACAUCUGGUGAUUAAAGAAGCUAAAUAAGACUAAUAUUUAAAAAAGACGUGUGUAUUAGACCGUUAGUCAAGUUUAGGCAGUGACAUUCUGCUAGGAAUGGUAAAUUUUUUCUAAAUGUAUUUUAUAUGUGUGUGUAUGUAUGUAUUUUAAUGUAUUUUUUAAAUAAAAUAUCAUUUAAGUUA